CUCCCUUUUUCCAAUCCUCAACUCCCACCACCACCACCCAUUACCGGCACUUCCCCAGCACUUCCUCAAAGACAUCAAUCACAUCGCCAAGGGAUAAAAGCCGAUGAGGCUGGUAAGACACCCGAUAUACACAGAAUUCCCUGGAAUGAGAUACCCAGCCCCUCCAAUCGAAAACCCAUCCAACUCAAGCAAAACCAAAGGGGGAGCUCCUCUCCAGUCCACUCCACUCCACCCGCCUGGGCACCCAUCGCGGAUAGGUGGUCGAGACUGGACUACACCACCGGGUAAGCCAAUAAAAACUUACCGGUACUUCAUUUCGUCUAGUUCAGGAGAACAGCACCAACAAGUCCCAACAGCAAUUAUCCUCCAGACUAGUCAAGAAAAUUUACCUUUUACUGGAAAUUACGCUCGCCCCUCCCGGCGCGCCGGCACGUUCUAUCGGAACCUGUCGAAGCUCCCUUUUUGGGGGGGUCCAGAACCUUACCUCAGCUCCAGCCUACGGUAGUAAGUACUCCGUAGUUACCGAACCUAUUGUUGCAGCCGGACUGAAAGUGCGGCCACCGGCGGGCUGAUCCUUUUGUUUCGCUUUUCCAUCCUACUUUCGUAAAGCAAGUAGGUAAGCAUGC